AUGCCACCCAUAUCAGGGAAAACAGCGCACCCCGCUAAGAAAAAAAACAAAAACCGCUUCUUUCUUGUGUCUUUUCUUUUUCCUUUUUUCUUUUUUUCUUUUUUUUAUUGUUUUUCUUUACUUUUUCUUUUCUUUUGUUUUUUCUUUUCUUUUUUUCGUUUUCUUGUCUUUUGUCUUUUCUUUUCUUUUUCCUUGUCUUUUUCUUUUCUUUUUUCUUUUCGCUUCCUUUUCUUUUUCCUUCUCGUUUUUCUUUUCUUUUCCUUGUCUUUUUCUUUUCUUUUUCCUUGUCGUUUUCUUUUCUUUUUUCUUGUCUAUUUUCUUUUUUUCUUUUCUUUUAUCGUGUCUUUUUCUUUUCUCUUUGCUUUUUCUUUUUUUUCUUUUCUUUUCUUUUUACUUGUCUUUUUCUUUUCUUUUUCUUUUCUUUUUCUUUUUCCUUUUCUUUCUUUCUUUUAUCUUCUUUUUUUUCUUUUUGCGAAAUACAAUAUUUGUCACACAGUCAUUAACAAAUUUUGA